CAGAUGGAAGCAGAAACCGGGAGCAGCUCUGAGCCCGGAAAGCCAGCCAACAGAGGCAUGAGAAUCGUCCUGGCUGUGUUCGUCGGUGGCACUGUGGUGCUGGGAACAGUCCUCUUUCUAGUGAGUCAAGGUUUCUUAAAUUUCCCAGCUAAACAGGAGUACUGCCUGAAGCCGGCAUGCAUCGAAGCCGCUGCUGCCAUCUUGAGUAAAGUAAACUUGUCUGUGAACCCCUGUGAUAAUUUCUUCCGGUUUGCUUGUGAUGGUUGGAUAAACAAUAAUCCAAUUCCUGAAGACAUGCCAAGCUAUGGGGUUUAUCCUUGGUUGAGACAUAACGUUGAUCUCAAGUUGAAAGCACUUUUGGAGAAAUCAAUCAGCAGAAGGCGGGACACAGAAGCCAUACAGAAAGCCAAAAUACUCUAUUCGUCUUGCAUGAAUGAGAAAGCGAUUGAAAAAGCAGAUGCAAAGCCAUUGCUGCACAUCCUACGACACUCGCCUUUCCGCUGGCCCGUUCUUGAAUCUAAUAUCGGCCCUGAAGGGGUUUGGUCAGAGAGGAAGUUCAGCCUUCUGCAGACACUGGCGACAUUCCGUGGUCAAUACAGCAAUUCUGUCUUCAUCCGUUUGUAUGUGUCCCCUGAUGACAAGGCGUCCAAUGAACACAUCUUGAAGCUGGACCAAGCAACACUCUCCCUCGCCGUGAGAGAAGACUACCUUGAUAAUAGUACAGAAGCAAAGUCUUAUAGGGAUGCCCUCUAUAAAUUCAUGGUGGAUACCGCUGUGCUUCUGGGGGCCAACAGUUCCCGAGCAGAGCAUGAUAUGAAAUCGGUGCUUAGACUGGAAAUUAAGAUAGCAGAGAUAAUGAUUCCACAUGAAAACCGAACCAUUGAGGCCAUGUACAACAAAAUGAACAUUUCUCAACUGAGUGCUAUGAUUCCUGAGUUUGACUGGCUGGGCUACAUCAAAAAGGUCAUCGACGUCAGACUCAACCCCAGCCUGAAAGACAUCGGCCCCUCAGAGAACGUGGUCGUCCGUGUCCCGCAGUACUUCAAGGAUUUGUUUAGAAUAUUAGGCUCUGAGAGGAAGAAGACCAUUGCCAACUAUUUGGUGUGGAGGAUGGUCUAUUCCAGAAUUCCAAACCUUAGCAGGCGCUUUCAGUAUAGGUGGCUGGAAUUCUCCCGGGUAAUCCAGGGGACCACAACAUUGUUGCCUCAAUGGGACAAGUGUGUCAAUUUUAUUGAAAGUGCUCUCCCUUACGUUGUUGGAAGGAUGUUUGUGGAUGUGCACUUCCAGGAAGAUAAGAAGAAGAUGAUGAAGGAAUUGAUAGAGGGUGUUCGCUGGGCCUUUAUUGACAUGCUGGAGAAAGAAAAUGAGUGGAUGGAUGAAGAGACCAAAAGGAGAGCAAAGGAGAAGGCAAGAGCUGUUUUGGCAAAAGUUGGCUAUCCUGAGUUUAUAAUGAAUGAUACCCAUGUUAAUGAAGACCUUAAGGCAGUCAAGUUUUCAGAAUCUGACUAUUUUGGCAACGUCCUGCAAACCCGCAAGUAUUUAGCACAGUCUGAUUUCUUCUGGCUCAGAAAAGCUGUUCCUAAAACAGAGUGGUUUACAAAUCCAACGACUGUCAAUGCCUUCUACAGUGCCUCCACCAACCAGAUCCGAUUUCCAGCGGGAGAGCUCCAGAAACCUUUCUUUUGGGGAACAGAAUAUCCUCGAUCCCUGAGUUAUGGUGCUAUAGGAGUAAUUGUUGGACAUGAGUUUACACAUGGAUUUGACAAUAAUGGUAGAAAAUACGAUAAGAAUGGAAACAUGGAUCCUUGGUGGUCAAUUGACUCAGAAGAAAAGUUUAAGGAAAAAACAAAGUGUAUGAUUAAUCAGUACAGCAAUUAUUACUGGAGAAAAGCUGGCUUAAAUGUGAAGGGGAAGAGGACUCUGGGGGAAAACAUUGCUGAUAAUGGAGGUCUGCGGGAAGCUUUUAGGGCUUAUAGGAAAUGGAUAGAUGACACGAGGCAGGGAGUUGAGGAACCACUCCUACCAGGCAUUACGUUCAACAACAACCAGCUCUUCUUCCUGAGUUAUGCUCAUGUGAGGUGCAAUUCCUACAGACCAGAAGCUGCCCGGGAACAGGUCCAAAUUGGUGCUCACAGCCCCCCUCAGUUUAGGGUCAAUGGUGCAAUUAGCAACUUUGAAGAAUUCCAGAAAGCUUUUAAUUGUCCACCCAAUUCCACAAUGAACAGAGGCAUGAACUCCUGCCGGCUCUGGUAG